GUUAGUACAUUUACAGUUGAAAUGCUUUCUCCUUUGUGCAUUAGCAGAAUCAUACAUGCCUUUUCAAAAAUGUGAUUUCAUUUGUUUUCAGAAAACAAGUUGGAAUAAUUAAAUCAUUGCUUCAACUGGUCACCAAAUCUAUCAGAUUUCACUAAGCAAUCCAGUUUAAAACUUGUCAAGCAGCGGGGCAAUUUGCCAAGGUUGACAGUGCACAGAAAGGAUUUUAAUGUGAACAAUGAUUUGUCUGAAAGUUUACAUCAGAUUGCUGGGGUUCUGUGUAUUCAUCAUUCUUCAAGUGCAAGGGCAGAAUCCAGACAGCAUGCUGCAUGGGACUGGGGUGAAGACAGAUCCUGAGCAGAAGAAGCAAGAAGACGGAGUAACCUUGGCUCCAGAGGACACACUACCUUUUUUACACUGCUACUGCUCCGGGCAUUGCCCAGAAAAUGCAGUUAAUAACACAUGCAAAACUAAUGGACAUUGCUUUGCCAUCAUUGAAGAAGAGGAAAACGGAGAAAUUACACUUGCUUCAGGCUGCAUGAAGUAUGAAGGCUCAGACUUCCAGUGCAAGGACUCUCCAAAAGCACAACUGCGGCGGACAAUUGAAUGCUGUCGGACAGAUUUCUGUAAUCGAGAUUUGCAGCCCACGUUACCCCCUCCCAUCCCUACAGAUGGUCUCUUUGAUGGCAGCAUCCGAUGGAUAGCCGUACUUCUUUCUAUGGCAGUCUGUAUAAUAAUUUUGAUUGUCUUAUUUAGCUGUUUCUGCUACAGGCAUUAUUGUAAGUGGGUAGCAAAGAGGCAAUGCUAUAAUCGUGAUCUGGAGCAAGAUGAAGCCUUUAUUCCAACUGGGGAGUCACUGAAAGAUCUUAUUGACCAAUCACAGAGUUCUGGCAGUGGCUCAGGACUUCCUCUUUUGGUCCAGCGGACUAUUGCCAAGCAAAUUCAAAUGGUACGGCAAGUUGGAAAAGGCCGAUAUGGUGAAGUGUGGAUGGGUAAAUGGCGGGGUGAAAAAGUGGCAGUGAAAGUAUUUUUCACCACCGAAGAAGCAAGCUGGUUUCGAGAAACUGAGAUAUACCAGACAGUUCUCAUGCGCCAUGAAAAUAUACUUGGUUUUAUAGCAGCAGAUAUUAAAGGCACAGGCUCCUGGACCCAGCUUUACUUGAUCACAGAUUAUCAUGAAAAUGGGUCACUGUAUGACUUCCUGAAGUGUACCACUCUAGAUAACAGAGCUCUUCUCAAAAUGGCUUAUUCUGCUGCGUGUGGUCUCUGCCAUUUGCACACAGAGAUCUAUGGAACCCAAGGGAAGCCUGCUAUUGCACACAGAGACCUGAAGAGUAAAAAUAUCUUGAUAAAGAGAAAUGGGACUUGCUGUAUUGCUGACUUGGGCCUAGCUGUUAAGUUUAACAGCGAUACAAACGAAGUUGAUGUCCCUUUGAAUACAAGAGUGGGAACAAAGCGUUACAUGGCACCAGAAGUCCUAGAUGAAAGUCUAAAUAAAAAUCAUUUCCAACCUUACAUCAUGGCUGACAUCUAUAGCUUUGGCUUGAUAAUUUGGGAAAUGGCCCGACGUUGUGUCACAGGAGGUAUUGUUGAAGAGUAUCAACUACCUUACUAUGAUAUGGUGCCGAAUGAUCCUUCAUAUGAGGAUAUGAGAGAGGUGGUAUGUGUUAAGCAUCUGCGCCCAGUAGUAUCCAAUAGGUGGAAUAGCGAUGAGUGUUUGAGAGCAAUAUUGAAAUUAAUGUGUGAAUGCUGGGCCCAUAAUCCUGCCUCCAGACUUACAGCUUUGAGGAUUAAGAAGACCCUUGGCAAGAUGGUGGAAUCACAAGAUGUUAAGAUUUGACAAAGAAAUACCACUGAGGAGUGAAGUUUGGACUCCUAGAGCUGUUCACUCAAGGAAGCGUAGGUCUGAUGAAACGGGCAAGGGUGGGUCUGAGUUUCGGCCCACUUUCUUGCCACUUUUACAGGCUGCUAAUAUUAAAUCUUUCAGUACUUUGUAGAAUAUGGUAUCCAUGUACACUGUAUGUACACAUAUGGAUAGCCUUGUUUUACUUUUUGUUUUGAGCUGCAUUGAGAUUUUCAUCACACUUUCAAACUCCCAUAGAACUCUUGAAUUCUGAAUUGCAUAUUCAGAUUGUAGUGCUUUCUGUGAAAGUCUUAAGUUAAAUGAAUUCAACAGCAUUGAAAAAAAUAAGCUUUUUGCCUACUACCUGUUGACAUCUUUUCAAGUCUUGGUGGAAUCGCCCAUGGUUUUGAGCCUGGGAUACUACAUAAUUUGAGAAUUCCUUAUGCCUUUCAUGGUUUUGUGUGUGUGUGUGCAUGUACAUGUGUGCGUGUGUGCACGCACAUGCAUGCAUACGUGUGCGCAAGGAUUUUUCUCCUGCCAUUGGAGUACUUAAGCCAUUUAAUUUCAUGCAAAGCUACCCUUUUCUUCCAUAAUGCAUUGGCCAAGCAUAUGACAGCUAUUUGGAUUUCAAAGAAAAUUAGCUUCUACCUUUCUUUUGUGCUGCAUGAAAAAAAAGUUUCAUAACCAAAAAUAAUAACAGCUCCUACAAACCUAUGCAGUAAGUCACAUCCAAGUUUGAUGUGGAGAACAGACCAUAAUUCAGUUCAUACACCUAAUACUAUGGAUUUCUGAAGACUGAGCAUUGCAACAUGGAACAGCUGAACCUCUCUGAUAAUUUAAGUGCCUGUAAUCUUGUACUGUAAAUUGUACCCUAGCUAGCUUUAAAAAGGGAAGUUAUUUAUAUAGUGUUCAAUGUACGUUCAUUUGCUAAAUAUCUGCUCUUUUGUAUAUGUGUAAGUAUAAUAUACACAGAUCUGAAAAGACUUUAAAAGUAAUUAUGUUUAAAUUCAAUCAGAUACACUCAUGCUGAAUGUGACAUUGAAAAACGCUGGGUAGUCUGUCAAAGUAUGUGCAUAGAUAAUACAGAGAUUUUUAAAUUUCCCUUUCAGGGGCAUUCAGUAAGAAGCUUGAUGCAAUAUUAGUGCAAAUUCAGAUAACAAUCAAAUAUGGGAGUGUGUAGUUUUUCAGAAUACUGUUCCAUGAGUUGCAAGUGGUAAAUGGUCAGGCAAAAUAUUACAGUAUUUUUUUAUUUAUAUCUUGGUGUAAAUUUUUAUUUAACAUUUCCUUAAGUCAUUGCUUUUUCAGUAAUGCCUUUAAGUAUUAGUACAUAUUCAGUUGAAUAGUUCAUGGGUACAUAAGCUAUGGAUUAAUUUAUUUUAAACACAGCAAACCAUGGACAACUUUGUGCCACAGAUCUUGUACAAAAGAUUUGUUCUUUUUCCGUCCAUUGCCAGGAAAACAAUUGGGCUGGUGUUCUAAAACCUAUCUCUUCUUUUAUUUUGCACAGGUAGUUGGUAAAUAUUUGGCAUAAACCACCAAAUUAUUCUAGACCAGUUGUUUUCAUACUCUGUGGGCUCAGGGAAUACUUUUCAUAAUCAACCAAUGUUCUGAGGAAUAUCUGUAAGCCUGCCACAGAACCCUUCCCUUUAAAAAAUGUUGAAGAUAUAAGACAUUUUAAAGAUGCCCCCAGUCCUCAUGGAGCACUGGACAAGAUGGUGGGGCUUCACAGUUACCUCUCAUAAGUUGACUGCCCAAGGCAGCUCUUGGUUCUGACUUUGCAUUGCAAACCAAGAUAAUAGCUGUGUGCAUGCAAAUCUCUUGGGUGAAACCUCUCUCCUCUUGCUGAUCGUGAGGAACUUCAGCUGAUGAGGAACCCAGAAUUCCUGGGAAUACAGAUCAAAAACCACUGGUCUGGAUCAAGGCCUUUUUCAUUAAAAUUCCAUUUUAACACAUAUUUGUUUACAAUUGUAUUACGAGCUGUCUCAGAAAAACUGGCAAGGUUUGUUUUCCAUCUUCUGCCUGUAUUUUUUUAAGUGCCAUGUGGGUUGAGUAGCUUUAUUACUAGUGGAUUAUGUGCUGAAAUGUUGACUUGAGGCUUUAGAAUAAAACAGAGCAGUCUAAAAUUGCCAAUACUGGAUCAGAGCCAUUAUUCUUAAAGUCCAGUAUAUGUUCCAACUGUUAUUGUACCAAUGGGCUAUUGCCUGUACCUGUUACUUCCUAGGAGACCAUACUGUACAGCAUGAAUAGCCUUUAUCUUGGAAUACACUGUAUUCUGUAGUAGAACUGACACAACUCCAGCAUUUCACUUUCUUUCUGGAAGCACCAAAUUCUUUAGAGCUAUGCAAAUGUUAUAAGUGAAAUCAUUUGCCUUGUAAGUCUUGAGAUUAUUACAUGGGUUUUGAAUUAUUUUCCAUUCCAUUCCUUUUGAAAAUUGAGUACCAGUAACUUAAUGGCAAUGAAUAGUCUUACUCUCUCUCAGAAAUUGUGCAUAUUGUUGGGUUGUUGUAAGCGAUUAUAUCAUGUGGCAAUAAGUGCUGAAAUCUUAAUUACUGAAAUAUGGGAAAUAUGUCCUUGUUUGUUUUGAAUGUUAAUUCAUCCCACCUCUCACCCCAGUAUUACGGUGUGUGCUCCUUUGACAUAGGAGCUAUGAAAAAAGUACCAUCUGCCUUUCCAUUUCCAAGAAUCAUGUCUCAUUGGCCCCUGUUUUUUUCCACCUAGAUCCUUGGUCAUAUUUAUAAAUACAUCUUACCUGUAUUGCCUUUUUUGAAGUGCAUCUCUGUAACAGUUCUUUGAAUCACAUUAGUGGUCUAGCCAAAGCCAGGAUUAGGUGUUAUUUGCUAUGUGAAUAGCAAUAUUACCAGUUGGGAAUUUGUAAGAUGCACAUGUAAUUCAUAAGUAUUUAUUAAUUUGCAGUUGAGGUGGAUGCAGAAAGCUAUUAUAUCAUGCAUCUGUGCCUCUUGUAGGACAGAAUCCUUCCUAUUUCUUAAGAUGGGGUCACUGUCACUUUGGACUCAUGAACACAUUUGUUUAUUUGAGAAAUUGUUGUGUGCACCACUGCAGAGAUGACUCUCACAGAUGUAGCUGUUCACCUAAUGGCUGCUGUGGAGGUCUAGUUAGUCAAAAAACAAGUAAUUUACCCAAAAAACUGAGUACAAGCAGAGAAAGGGAACUGAAGUCUAUUUAAUCCAACAGAGGUAUAGUAAAAUACCCAUUUGCAACUGUAUGGAUCUAUAGAAACCAGUGGGAAUUACUUCUGAGUAAUAGGAUUGUUCUGAUCAUGCUAUACCUUUUCCAAGCCCCCAAAGAAAGGAAAAUGCCCCCAGCCCCAAAGGAAAGAAAAAGUGUACCCCAACUUGUUCCCAUCAGGCAAGAAAACCUGGGACCCCCUUCCCCUUUUUUCCCCCAAGGGUUUUCAUUUGCUUUUGAAAGAGGACAGGGAGGCGAGGGCUUUGUGGGUGCCAUUGGUGGUUCCCAUGCCUUAAUACAGCUGAUUCAGUUGGCUAAACCGCCCUGCACAUGAGCUCCCACUGCAUUGUUUUGGCACUUUUCGCACUGCAAAAUAAGCAGCAUGGAGCCAGUUCACUUGUUGAGCCAAUUAUGGCAGCCAGAUUGUAAAGAGUGGCACUAAAUGUGGCAAAGCAAAAUUGUGCAGAAUUUGUCGGCAUAUUUGUAUGCUUCUCAAAAAAUGAUUUUUUUAUGCCAAACGGAUUCUGAAGUCUCCUCCCCCACAAUAACUCGAUCCUUUUCAUACUGAUACGUCACUGUUGUCUGCUGCAUUUUGGAUGCAUGCACUGAUGAUUUUUUUUUAAAUGCAUGCUUGCUAAUGUCUUCCAUUAUACAUUGCACAGAAUGUUUCAUGAACAGCAAGUAUAUGCCUUGGAAUUAUGGAUUUCAUCUAAAAAAAAGAAUUCAUACCUUGAUGCUUUGAGAUUAGUUAUACAGUUAAAUUAAUUGAAAUGUAAUGUUUUGAUAGCUACCUUAUGCAUUCUAAACCAUACUUUUCAACUGUCCCUUUUUUGUGAUGGAUCUCCAGCCUUUUGCAUAGUUGUGCCACUUCGGGAAAUUUGAAAGAAUCGACAUGAAGAUCAUUACAUUUAGUGCCCAUUUUUAAAGUAUGCCAUAUUCUGAAUGCAUUUUGCAGUAAGAAACAGUUAAAACAAAUAGAAUGAGUGCAAACCUGCAUUUGGAAUUCUCUGUGCUUAUGUAACAUGUACCUAAAAGUUAAUACUGUAAUCAAACUGGGUAAUAUAAAAUCUUUUCCAAUUAAUUUUCAUAUAUGAGGCAACUUACUACUUACCUUACUGUAAGGAGUCAAGUUUAUAGGUACACAUUUAUUGCAUUUGAAAAAAGAUGCCAUAAUUUCAAUAUACGGUCUGGAAAUAAUUGAAUUUCCUUUUGGUGCCAUUAAAAAAUCUUAUAGUUUCACAUGCCAUUAAAUUUUUUCUAUAAAAGCCUACUUUUCCCUACUGGUUGAUAUGUUCUACUCUUGAUCAUAUUCCAAGAAUUAUCUUCUUUAUGAACCCAUCCAAUACUGGCUUUUUUCUGUUACCAGCAUGCUCCAUUUCCUAUGUCUAUUUAAAUGUUUUUCACUUUUUAGCUAUCGUUCUUCAAGCAGCGCGAACUGUUAAACAUCAUUGGCUGGUGAAUCCAGAGUCCUCCCAUGCUUGUAUUUGCACCUUGCAGUGCAUGGAAGGUAGCAUUUCUGAUUUCUCCUGCAUAGAACCUCUGUGAUAAAAGUGAGAGAGAAAGUAGGGAUCCUCAACAUCUGUAGGUUCUCAUCCCUUCAGGUACAUUAUUUGGCCUCCAGGUGUAAUCUGAAGUGUUAGGCUCAAAUUUUCUGUUCACUCUGAGGGCCAAAUUAAAUAUUCAGCCUGUUGCCUGGUUUGGUGUGAGAGGAUGUUAAUUUGCAUGGUUUUCAAUGAAGGUGUUUUUCAUCUUUAUUUGAUCAGUUUUCUAGCCUUGUGACCAUAAAGUAUAAGAAAAUUAGUCUAACCUCAUUCUUACUGAAUCCCCAAUAUUUGUGUUACAUUUCCAGAACCCAUUCUUACAGAAUACAGGUUUUUGUAAUGAGUCAUCUAGAACCUUGUUUUCUACAACCCUCUUGAAAUGAAUGGAAGAUGGUGUUAACAAGAGAAUUCCUGUGCACCUCUCUUUCAUCCCCAGCUUGCAUUAAAGUGUCUGGGGCAUUCUUCCAAAAAUUAAAAGCUUACUAAUAUCAAUGAAAAUUACUUGAUUUGGAGUGAAAAUUACUUAACCCUUCUCCAAACACAACUGUUUAAUUGAGUACCGUAUUUUUUGCUCUAUAAGACUCACUUUUUUCCCCCUCAAAAGUAAGGGGAAAUGUCUGCAUCUUAUAGAGCGAAUAUGUGUGUGCAGUAAGUCUGUCAGAUGUGCAGCCCAUGGGGAAGUGAUGGGAAAUGUUCCUGUGAUUAUGUGCCCAUUUGAUUCAGAAUAUUUUUUUCUUGUUUUCCUCCUCUAAAAGCUAGGUGCGUCUUAUAGAGCAAAAAAUACGGUAAUUGUCUUGUCCCAUUAAAACCCCUGAAUGCAAUAUAGAAGCCCGUAUACUGUAUCCAUGUUUUGUUCUCUGACUUAUCCAUGCCCAGUAUAAAAAUGUACUAUAUUGUAUACAGAGAGAAUAAUGUAGCUAACCAAUAGAAGAUGUAAAUAAAAAGAGAGGGUGAAACAAGCAGUAUGAUUAUACUCUUUUUGUUAAAUAUAUGCCGGAACUGUAGAAUGUUUUUAAAUGUAACAGGCUAAAUGUCUUUUUGUACAGCAUCUGAUUUAAAAGGUGCCUUAAGUUUACCAUGAAUUGCUUUGUUCUGUACACAAAUUUAUGUCAAUGUAUCAUUUUUAAGUAAAUAACCUUAUUUUAGUAAAUA